UCAAGAAGAAGUGAAAAUGUAACGAAGUUCUUCGUGUGGAAAGUAUGAUAAACAUCUUCACACAUCAGUCAUCAGGGACAUCCCCAACGCUGUAAAAGUCACUUUAAGGGGAAGAAACCUUAUAACAAACAAAACUUGAUUCCCAGAAAUAACCUCAAGAAGAAUUGUGUUGCAAAUGAAACACGGUCGGAGAACAGCCCACAAAAACCACGAACUAUAUCCAAAAUGAUUUGGGGGUUAGAAAAGGUUGAGAGGCGGGGGGAGAGAGAGAGAGAGAGAGAGAGAGAGAGAGAGAGAGAGAGAGAGACCCUAAUCGGAUUAUAGGGGCAGAAUAAUGCAGCGCACGCGUCUAUUCCUCUUAUCUUUUGGGAUUGUCCUGCUCUUCUCUCGCCGCUGUUUGCUGGGAACGUGACAGUAACCGAAACUUUUCCCGCAAAGAAGUUGCGACAGUCGGAAAUGUUUCUCGAACUACAAAUAAUUAUUCUUGGGGGUUUUUGAGAGUCGCAGGGAGUUGCUACAAUGGGAUCCGCAAACGGAGCAACGAAGCAAAUCCUCGAGUUCAUCAAAUUAAUGUAUUCACGACUUGGACAAGAAGUGAGGCAAUGACGUCGCAGACACAUCCCAACCACGCUUUUGCGAUUGAACCGUAACAUUCCGUAUCUAUUUUGGCAUUGAUGACUCCAAUAUAUCUCAAUGCAGCCCAAAGCGACCGGGAGGAGUUCGAUCCGCAGGAUUUGAGUUUUUCAUUCUCCAGGAGUUAAAUGGUUCUGAUAACAGACAGCAGGGAUGGUGGAGGCUCGUCUCCUAGAAAAGUUAAGCCGGUCAAACAGAAUACAAGUGUCGACAAACCCGCUCAGAUCUUCCCGACCAUCGUGGAGGAACCACCUGAUCGAGAUGAUAAUGACGAUGAUUUGUAUCUCGGCUCGUGCGCGGGGGACGAAUACGACGAUGAGGAUUUCGAAGAGUUGGAUGAUUUCUCUGACCUGCCGGACACCAGGAGCAUCGCCUCGGAUGACUCGUUUUAUCCCCCGGACGGUGACUCAUCAAGAUCAUCUUCACCGGAGACUCCGCCACCGCUGUCGUUUUACCAGGCGUGUUUCAAAAACAACGCGUUUACAGUCAAACUUAUGAUACGACAAGGCGUUACAGAAGAGGAGGUUCAGGAGACGGACAAAAACAAGAGAAAUGGACUAAUAGUGGCAUGUUACCAAGGUUAUGUGGAUGUAGUGAUAGCUCUUUCCCGGUGUCCUUACCUAGAUGUCAACUGGCAGGACAACGAGGGCAAUACAGCCCUCAUCACUGCAGCUCAGGCAGGUCACAUCACAAUCUCAAACUACUUACUCAACUACUUUCCCGGGCUUGAUAUUGAGAAAAGGAACUGCCACGGCUUCAGCGCUCUGAUGAAAGCUGCAAUGCAGGGUCGAGUGGAAUGUGUCAAAGCCCUGAUGUUGGCAGGAGCGGAUCUGGAGGCCAGAGACAAUGGAAGGAAGUUCACAGCAUACGAGUGGGCGUUCUUCACGAGCCGCUUUGAGACGGCCUUCUCCAUAACCCGACUGAUGCGGCAGCCGUGUCCCGAGCAGUUCUCUGACCUAUAUCGACCCGAGUGGCCUCUUCUGUCCGCUCUCGUGGCCAAAGCUCAAGCACCUAAAGGCUGCAUCCAGAAGAUAUCAGAGAGCUUCCGAAACUUUUUUGACAUCAGUAACGUCACUGAAGCUUCGGAGGACGGGGUGCUAGACCACAUGGUGCGCAUGACAACAUCACUGGGGAGCCCGUUCAUCGCGACUGCAUGCCGAACGGUGUGUCCUGGUAGCCCGCCAUGCGUGGGAAAACGGCAAUACUCUGUUCCGGAGAUGUUAAGAAAGCAACGAGUGAAGGAACUGAAAGGUCUCGGCCCAGAGCGCCUCGAGAACUACAAAAGACUUUUCCAGAAUUCACAGGUCAUGCUGAUACCUAAACCCAAAGACAGGCGUUCAAGUCUGCAGACCCAUUCCCGUACAGACAACACCGCUUCCUCUCUAGCCCUCCGGAGAGGGAGUCUGCUCCCCCUACACCUGCUCAGGAGGAGCAGCGUGAGACCAGGUCCGGUGGUCCCGAAGGUUAGAAUUACCAAAGCACCAACUCCCACCUACUUGCCAGAGAAAGUGCGCCGGAAGAGCAGCUGUAAAGAGGGACAGUUCCUUCAGAUACCUAAGUGGAGAUAUAAAGAAUUGAAAGAAGAGCGGAAGAAAGCUGAGGAAGCCGAGAGGAGACGACUGGAAGCGGCAACAAAGCGCCAACCCUCUACAGGAAAAAGGAAAUAACUGUGACUUUUAAUGUCUGCUUAUACUUGAAAUGCUCUUUGGAUGUUGGAUGCAAAUAUAUUUUCUUAUUUAUUGUUUUUUUAAUGUUGAAAGAUUAUGCUUUAAAAUGGGGUAAACUACCGUGUUAAAAUUUUUAAACCCUGUAUAAAGAACUACACAUCAGUAAGGCAGCCUGAGCCAACCACAAAGCUAUCAGAUAAACGAAUUUUGUUUGUUUACAUCUUACUACAAUCUGGGUUGUUGAAACGGCACCAUGAACUUAUUUACAAUUUCAACACAUGGAACCUCGCUUUUAAGCUCUUUUUCCCAAACUUUGUGAAUAUGGAUGUUUCGGGAGAUACCCGGUUUGCACAUGAUCCAUGGGUGUACAUUUCAGCGUCCAGUGGGAGAACAGAACACACUAUAAGGUUGUAUUGGUUAACGUUAGUUAAUUCAUUAGAUAAGAAUGAGUCAUCAAUGAAGAACACUUCUACUAUAUAGUUUUGGCAUUACUAACACUGAGAAAGAUUAAAGGGACAGUUCACCCAAAAUUUUAAUUCUGUCUUCAUUUGCUCACCCUCAGUUCCGUAUCUGUAUACAUUUCUUUGUUCUGAUGAGCACAGAGAAAGAUAUUUAGAAGAAUGCUUGUACCAAAAUUUUCUUGGCCACAUUGACUACCAUAGUAGGAAUAUUACUCUAUACAUUUCUUUGUUCUGUUGAACACAAAAGAAGAUAUUUUGAAGAAUGUAUAGGAAGUUAGGGCACUUUCGACAACUAUUGAAAUUUUUCUACUAUGGUAGUCAACGGAGGCCAAGAACUGUUCGGUUACAAGCAUUCUUCUAAAUAUCUUUCUCUGUGUUCAUCAGAAGUAGAUACAGAUUUGGAACAACCCAAGGGUGAGUAAAUUGUGUCAGCAUGUUUGUUUAUGGUGAACUGUCCCUUUAAGAAAUGCAGAAAAACUAUUUUGCACAUUGUUAUUAGCUAAUACAUUUACUAAUGCUACGAAUACAACCUCAUUGUGAAAUGUUGACUGAAUAAUGAAAGAGAAAUACUAAUUCAGCCUGAUAUAUAUGUUUUAAAUUAUUAUUAUAUAGGUUAAACACUAAACCUUUAAGUUAAGAAGGACGGCUGGGACUGUUAUCAAAUUCUAAAGGUUUUUCACACUGUAUGUCUGAAAAUGGCAACCGACUGUUUUAUAUAUCAAUGCACCUUAAUUCUCCAAAAACAGGGCAAAUUAUUUUCAAGUAAGAGAUUUUACUCCAUAAAAGUCUGGUUAGUUAUGCAUAGGUGAUGACGGCAAUGUGAAAUCAAAUGUUUUAAACAUCUCAGCAAAUCUCAGGUAAUAAAAUAACUUUUUUCUGCAGGUAAACUAAAAUACUUUUAAUAAAAGAAAUACACAAAUAUCAUCAUAUUCUCAACAGCACCGCUGUGCCUCUUUGGCCAACACACAGAUUACACAAAAGAUACACUAUGGGUACAUAUAGAUGUCAAGACCAUUGCUGGACAAAUGUCAGGUUGCCCUGUUACCGUAAAAGAAUACUCUCUGUUUACACUGCUAUUGAUUUGUAACAAGUGUUCAACCAAAGGUGAUGAGCAACAAAUUGUACUUUUGGAAUAAAUCCUGCUUUAUAAUA